AUGUCAGACCCACGCUUUGCUCGCUUGCACACCGAUCCGCGGUUCGUCCGCCCAAAGGCGAGCAAGACCAAGUUCGUCGUCGACGACCGCUUCAAGCAGCUCUUCGAGGACCAGCAGCCUGCCGGUGCCAAGAAGAGCAAGCUCGCGCGCAAGGUCGACAAGUAUGGCCGCCCGCUCGACAAGGAGGCCUCGGUCAACGAGCUCAAGCGCUACUACCGCAUGGCCUCGCCCAGUGCCGACGACGCGCAAGUCGGCGAGGAGCAGGCGGGCGAGGACGAGGAGGGCGAGGAGGCGUCGGCGGGCGAGAGCGCCGAGGAGGAGGAGGAGGACGAGCCCGCACGCCCGGGCUUCGUCGACCUCGCUCGUGGCGAGGUCCUCCUCGAGUCGUCGGACGAGGAGGCCGUCUCGGACGCCGAGUCGGACUCGUCGUCGCGCGCCGGCUCGGUGCGGCUUGGCGGUCGCGCCUCUCGUCGUCGCCCGUCGCGCAGCCCUUCCAUCGACCUGUCCGAGACCGAGCCGGCGUCCCUCUUCCCCGACGAGGACGACAGCGCCGCCGAGCUCGACGACGACGACGACGACGACGAGGGCGCCGAGCCGAGUCGUCGCCUCGCCAUCGUCAACAUGGACUGGGACCACCUGCGCGCGUCGGACCUGUACCGCGUCCUCGCGUCGUGCCUGUCGGCGACCGCCGCCUCGAUCCAGCAGCGCAAGGAGUACGCCAACGACAACCGCGACGCCGUCAAGAUCCCGACCAAGCUCGCGAUCGCGCCCGGCCGGCUCAAGAGCCUGCGCAUCUACCCGUCCCAGUUCGGCCGCGAGCGCAUGGAGCGCGAGGCGGUCGAGGGCCCGCCGGUCGACGUUCUGCGCGCCAAGGUCGCCGAGUCGAGCGACGAGGACGAGGACGACGGCGGCAAGACGCUCAAGCUCGGGAGGAAGGACAAGGGCAAGCAGCGCAGGAGAAGGGCCGACAGCGCCGACGAGGGCGACGACUUUACGACCAACGACCUCAUCGACGAGCAGCUCCAGGAGGGCGACGACUACGACACCGAGGCGCUGCGCAAGUACCAGCUCGAGCGGUUGAGGUACUACUACGCCAUCGCCACGUUCGACACGGUUGCGUCGGCCAAGCACGUCGUCGAGCAGAUCAACGGCACCGAGUUUGAGCGCACGGCCAACAUCUUUGACCUCCAGUACGUUCCCGACGACACGUCUUUCGACGACGACCCUGUUCACGACGAGGCGACCGAGGCGUCGAUCGCCGCCGAGGGCAACAGCUAUACCGGCAUCGACUUCCAGACCGACGCGCUGCGCCACUCGAAGGUCAAGCUCACCUGGGACGCCGACGACCCUCACCGCAAGACCAAGCUCGAGACGUACCUCGCCUCGGCGCUCGACCGGUCCAAGCAGAAGGGCGCGACCAAGGGCAAGGCCAAGAUCGGCGAGGACGACAUCGCGCAGUACCUCGCGUCGUCGUCGGACGAGGACGACGUCGCCGAGAACGGCGAGGACGAACACGACGACUUCUUCGAGGCGGAGGAGCCGACCGCUCCUGCCGCUCCCGCCGCCGCCGCGCCGGCCAAGGCCAAGAAGGAGACCAAGCGCGAGCGGCUGCGGUCGCUGCUCGGCCUCGCAGGCGGCGACGGCGAGUCCGAGGUGACCUGGGACGGCGGCGCCGUCGCCGGCGGCAAGCAGCGCAAGGGCGCCGACGCGGGCAUGCAGAUCACGUUCGCGCCGGCCCUGUCGGAGCGCAGCGCCAAGCAGCUCGAGUUUGCCGGCGGCGACGAGCGCCAGGAGACGAGCAUCGAGGCGUACAAGCGCAAGGAGAAGGAGCGGCGCGAGCGCAAGAAGCUCGAGCGCAGGGCGCGCAACGAGGGCAAGACGGUCGAGGAGCUGCUCGAGGAGGAGGGCAUGCGCAAGGGCGCCUCGGGCGCGCCGCUCGAGCCUCGCGAGGGCGACGCCGGGUUCGACGACGACUUUUUCGCCGACGACGGCGAGGACCCGUUCGCGGCGUACGACGACGGCGGCAAGGACAGCGGCGACGAGAUCGGCGGCGUCGGUGCGCAGGGCAAGAAGGGCGACAAGCUGUCGAAGAAGGCCAAGCGCGAGCAGCGCGAGGCCGAGGAGAAGGCCAACGCCGAGGAGCACGCCAAGCUCGCGCUUCUCGUCGGCUCGGACGACGAGGACGACGUCGGCGGUGCCGGCGGCGAGGGUGGGCGCCACUUCGACAUGCGCAAGAUCCUCAAGUCGGAGAAGAACGCCGGCAAGAAGCACAAGGUCAAGGGCAAGGGCAAGAAGGCGCUCGACAAGGACGAGCCCGUCAACGACGAGUUCAAGCUCGACCUCGGCGACGACCGCUUCAAGAGCCUGUACGAGGACUACGACUACGCCGUGGACCCGUCCAACCCUCGGUACCAGAAGUCGCGCAACAUGGAGGCGCUCCUCACCGAGGGUCGCAAGCGUCGUGCCGCCAAGACGGACAAGGUCCAGUCGGUCAAGCGCAAGGCGGGCGAUGUCGGCGGGCGGGGCAAGCGCACCAAGGUCUGAGUAGCGCUUUCGAGCUCUCGUGCAACAUGCUCUCGCGGCAGCGACUCGUGCCCGUC